AUGUUUAGGCAAGCCUCGAGGACCUUUUCCACAAACGCUCGCAUGCCCUCGAGCUACUUCAUGCAGACUCCCCGCCGAAUCGUCAUGAGAUGGAUCCCGCCGACAGUCGCUGUCGUCGCCGUCGGCUACGGAUUGAACGUCUACCGGGAGGGCAUGGUCCAACGUCGCCUCGCCAGGACCGCCGCCGCCGAGAAGCAGGCCAUCGAAGACCGCAAGAGGGCGACCAUGCUGAUGGACGCAUACGGUGACCGGUCGAGCCUCGAGGCGCUCGAGAAGGCAAUGGAGGUCUACGAGUCGCAGAACCAGGCGUGA